AUGUUAUCAACAGAUGAAUUUAAAUUUCCCACAGACCCGCCAGUAGGAUUAAUAAGUAACGUGAAUCAAGCAAACUCUGAUAAAUGUGUUUUGUUGAUGCCUGUUGACGAAACUGUGACUCCUUUCGACUAUCGAGAAAUUCAUCAAGUAAUGAGGGAGCUUCUUUAUGGAAUUUAUGUUGUAAAUCAGACUCCUACGUUGUCAUUGGAGACGAACAAUGAUCAAAGCACAACGUGUCAAUUGUCUCCAGCAUACCUCGAUACUAAAAUUGGACAAACCAUGAUCAGUGUGGACUAUAUGAUGAAAGGGAUGUGGCAUGGAGCCUAUCUACCUAAAGAUAAGCGAAUCAAAUUCUCAGAGCGAUGGCGUAUGAAUCUUGACGUAAAUGCUCAUGGGAAAGCUGAAACAAAGAAAUCUCUAAUGACAGAAUUCAAAAGUGCUGGUUUAAUAGAUAUAACAACUGAUCCAGAUUACACUAAUAUUUACGACAGAAUACCUCCAGAUUUACCAGGUGACACAGACAUGGAACAGGAACGGAAAUUCUUUAUGGCACAUGUAGAGGAUUUGAGCAUGAAAAUAGCGUUUCAUCAAAAUGAUGUGGAUUUUUAUAAAAACAUGUAUUUGGUGGAUUCUGAUUGGAUUGUUUCAAGUAUUGUUAGAUUAUUGGACAAUCGCAUCGAUAAUUCAGGCUACGAACGUUUAAAAACCAGACUUCAGAUGCAUGAAGAAAUCAUUAAGUCAUAUUUGCCAAAUAAAACAGAAGUAAGACGUAAUAUUGAGUUGCUGAAGCUGGUUAGUUUUCUGACGCCAUUUUUAGUUGGAAUGAGAAAAAAGAUGAAGAUUCCUGAUAUUAAUCGCUUAUUACCUCCCCUUUCAGCUGAAGAAUGUCGUACUGAAAGAGAGUUACCACCCCUUAUUCUGGGCUCAGAUUUCAAAUGUCCUAAUUUUGAGUUUGGUGAACAGUAUUUUAACUUGCAUGGAGGUAUUGUUAUCGAUUUGGAGACCAAUGAAAUGAAUCAGUUGAACAACCAGUUUAUUGAAGCCUAUCCUACUUUACAUGAUGAUUCAGUCAAAUAUUUGAAUAAGAUGCUAGACCCUGAUGCACAACUACAAGAACAUUAUGCAAUUCCAAUACAGGAGAUUGAUGGCAAAAAAUACUAUGUGAUUAUGUUAGAAUUUGAGACCUACUAUGCUGCUAUGCCCCAGAAACCAUUGUGGAUACGAGCCUUCCAUGAGGAGGUUCAGGCCCUCAAACCUAAAAAACUACCGAUACAUGAGAUCCCUCUACAUGAACAGUUCAAGAAAUACUUUGGUUUUAAAAAAGCCAUUAAAUAUAAGACGCCACAAAAUGGACUUAAAGCUGCAGCCCAGAGAGGAUUGGUCGCCAUGUUUCAAGCCUUGUGUCGUAAGAUGCCAGCUUCACGUCUGGGUAAACAAGAUGAACAUGGUUUAUCCUACCUCCAUUAUGCAGCCAUGCACAAUCGCCCCCAGAUUAUAGCUGUUCUCUUGAUGCAGUCUAUGGAUGUAAACGUCCGCAGAAAUCAUAUAGUUGGAAACGGUCCAACUGGUUUGCAUAUGGCUGCCAGAUGUGGAUCUUUAGAUGCUGUUGCCUGUCUGCUCGCUAACUUUGCUAACGUUCUGGCCACAGACCAAGAUGGCUGGGCUCCUGUCCAUCAUGCAGCAUUCUUCAACCAUCAAGACAUCUUGACGUUGAUGAUACGGAAAAACUCUGGCUUGAUGGAACUCGCCACUAAAAAUGAUGCCAAGUCCUCACCACUUCUUCUAGCAGCAAGCUCUGGUGCUCUGCAAUCAUUGAAGUGUUUAAUUAAAUUGGAAGCUGACAUAACAAAGGUUGAUAACGAAGAAAAUAAUAUGGUUAACUUGGCAGCAUUGCGUUUUCAUACCAAUAUUCUGGAAUAUCUCAUAGAGUGGAAUAAUCCUGAUAUUCCAGUUUGGAAAAUUUUAGUUGACAUGUUAAAAGAUGAUAAUAUGACAAAACAAGAUGCUGGAGUAAAAUGUCUAGAAGUUUUAUCAACUUGUAAACCAAAUUACUGGAGAUCUAUUCUGGAUGCAGAUGGAAUACCAGCACUAGUGAAUCUACUAAAUACAGAAAAUGAAGAAAUCCAAACUGUAACAGCUUCAGUUAUUUGUAACAUCUCAGAAAACCAUGAAAUACGAUUUGCAUUAACAAGAUGUGAUGCUGGCCCAAUACUCAUCAAACUAUUAGAAUCACCAAAUGAUGACAUCCAAUCACGAGCAGCCAUUGUUUUAUCAGAUCUUGCCAGUGUUGAGGGAAAUCAGGACCAUUUGGCUAAGAAUGGAGCCAUAGCACCUCUUGUUCAGUUGUUGGAAUCAGAACUAGAAGAUGUGUUAGUGAACACUGUGAACGCUAUCCGUGUUAUGUGUGUUAAUAAUAGGGAGAACCAGAAUGCUGUUGCUAGUAGUGGUGGUAUUGAACCACUUGUAGAAUUCUUGACUGUUAACUCAGAUAUUCUACAAGCUGCUACUUCUGCUGCACUAUCAGCAGUGACAGCUGGCAACAAGGAAAUUCAAGAUGCCAUUAUGGCAGAGGGUGCUAUCAAACAUAUAGUGGAUCGAAUAAAAUCAAGUCGUAAUGUGACAGUUCAGGUUAAAGCAGCAAGUGCUCUAGAGGCUUUGGCUGAAAAAAAUCCUGAAAUACAAAUAGCUUUCUUAGAUCUUGAUGCUCCUAAAGCUUUAAUUAAACUCUUGAAGAAUAUCAAUGUUGAGGUUCGUGAACAAGGUGCAUGUUCUUUAUGGUCUCUAGCAGGCUAUAAAUAUACUCAACAGAAAUAUAUAGCAGAACGUACUGGUAUCCAGAAUAUUAUACAGAUGUUACUAGAACCUACAGAAAAACUUCUAUAUGUUGGUUGUAUGACGGCAAUAGCUAUGGGUCGAGAAAAUAUUGAAAACCAGAAUAAACUUUCUGAUGCAGACGCUUUCCAACAAUUAGUUCGUUUACUACGAUCUAAAAAUCAGAAAACUUCACGUAGAGUUUUAUUAAUGGUGAUUAAAACAUUAGGCAUUCUCUGUGUAGGUGUAGCCUAUAGAAAUAAUAAAGUAACACAGAGAAAAAUUGCAGAGGAGGGUGGAAUACCUAUUCUGGUAGAAAAACUUGCAGAACAUCCCAGCCAAGAAAUUCAAGUAGAGGUGGCCAUCACUCUUGCCUGUGUCGUACUUAGUAACCAUAGUAACCAGGAAAAACUACAAGAAGAACCUGACUUUAACUUUGACUCCUUACUGGGGUUGUUAAAGUCUCGGGAUGAGGACAUCCAAUUAAAAGCGGGAACAGCCCUCACUAUUUUUGCCUUCAACAAUACACCACAACAGUUUGAGAUUAGAGAGGCUGGAGGGAUCCAGUUUUCACUGUUUGAAAGAUUUUUGGAAUCCUCUGAUGAAUUUUAUCAAUGCUACGCAGCUUUCCAGAUUGUUGUCUUAGCGCGAGUUAUCGUCGAUCAAGAUCAAGUCAUGUUAACAGCAAGAGGAGUAACUCUAUUAGUGAACAAACUCCAUUCUGAGGACCACAAUGUCAUAGUUUUAGCAGCAAGUCUACUGUCAAGUUUGGCUCAUACUCGGGCUGGAAUACCAGAUGCCAUGAUCACCACUGGUGCCAUCGAUCUAUUAAUAGAACAUUUACAUUCAUCCAAUGAACAGGUGCGAAAUUCUGUUGCUGUGGCAUUGGGAUAUAUGACAUUUAACAAAACUGCGUCAAGAUUGUUGUUUUCAGCGUGUAGGAAUACGCCUGGACUAUAUCGUCUGCUCAUGGAAAAUAUUGGUCCUGAUGCCCGAAUUAGUGAUGAUUUUGUUGCAGAUUUUAAACGAGCAAAACAUGUUGGGUUACCCUCACAAUGGUAA